AUGGAGUACGCAGCUCUUCUCAUUGGUAUCCUUGCCUUUCUUGUCUUAAGGCCUUUGGUCCUUUAUUUCUACGACAGCAACAAACUGCGAAAAUAUCCUAACCAAAAUCUCCUAUCCGGCAUCACCAAUCUGGCCUCAAUAAGCGAGAGACGGCGCAACUUCCGAACAAGAGAGUUAUAUAUCCAGCAUCAAAAGCAUCCUGUCAUCCGUCUUGCGCCCAAUAUGCUCUCAUUCCGGGAUGUUGCGGCGAUCAAGGAUAUCUACGGCUUCGGAUCUUCCUGCCAAAAGCACGAAAUGUACAAACUCCAGAACGGCGAGGGACACAUGAACAUCCUUAACGUGAUUGACCGCGAGGAUCACAGCCGAAAACGCCGAAUGCUGUCGCACGCCUUUUCCACAAAGAACCUGGAAUCGUGGGAGUUCAAAAUCGCCGAUAAAGUCGAAAAGCUGGUGGCCCAGUUUGACAGGAGGGCAUGUUCUUUGGCAACUCAGCCCGAUAAGAGUAUGGUUGAUGUCAGGUAUUGGUUCAACCUCUUCACAGUCGAUGCAAUUGCAGAUAUCUCUAUCAGUGAGCGGCUUGGAAUGCUCGAAGCCGGGUCAGAUGUCGUCAAGUUUGAGCGUCCGCUUGGAGGGGAAUGUGCACGUCCACUCAUUAAGGACAUGCAAGAUGCAGCCCGGGCAAAGUCGAAGAUAAUCGGUACGCUAGGUUGGUACUAUACCUUGGAAGCGGUUUCUUGGUUUGUCUCCUCGCGCUGCCGCUCGCAGCGGGAUUGUGGACGUAACGUCGGCCAGAUUAUAAGCCACUUGACUGGCAAGCGAUUGCGACGAUAUGGGGAUGGCGAGAACAUUGACGAUUUCCUAAGCUGCCUUAUCAAAGAUAAAACGGGAAAACCUCGAGAUCUAGAUAUGGGUGAGCUCAAGGCAGAAACGAGCAUCCUGCUUGAUGCCGGGUCUGAAACGACAGCGAUUGCCUUGACUCACCUGCUCUACUAUCUGAUUAAAAAUCCAACUUGCUUUCUAAAGUUAAGGGAGGAGGUGUCUGAAGCUAUACCUGGAGAAACCAUUGCCCCUUAUAGCAAGGUGAAGAAUUUGCCCUACUUAAAGGCUUGUAUUGAAGAGUCACUGCGGUUAUCGCCUCCCCUUCCGCGGGGACUUGAACGCGUAACACCUCCCUCUGGUGCUACUAUUAUGGGUACAUUUAUUCCCGGAAAUGUCGGUGUCUCUGUUCCAGCGUAUACUGCCCACCGGGACCCGGAUAUAUUCCCAGAACCAGAGGCCUUUUCUCCAGAAAGGUGGUUUAAUAAUGAAAACACUGGCAAAAUGCGCGAGGCAUUUAUACCAUUCAGCGCGGGCGGUCGUGCCUGCAUUGGAAGGAACAUUACUAUGAUUGAGCAGCAAAUCCUGAUGGCGACUCUUGUGAACAGGUAUGAUUUCUCACUUCCUUCGCCUGACUGGACGCUGCAGAACGAGGAGGCGUUCAAUCUAUGGCCCGUUGAGCUGCCUGUGGAGAUAUCGAAGAGAGUUUAG